GUUUAAUUUAUUAAACGGUGAGUGCUUCAUAUUUAUCGACUGUUAACGGACCUUCGAAGAAACAAAAGAAGCUACGCGCGCCCAACCAACGUACAAAUUAAUUAAGUGAUUGUGCAAAGUGAGUAGCAUUAUGCAGUAGAAGAAGCGGGCAUUGUUUGGCGCGUCGCGUAUCGCCAGCACAGGUGGGAAAUAAGGAAGUCUAUUGGAAGGAAGUCGCAGAAGAGUUGAUUUUGAAAGGGUCAUGUUCGGAUUCGAGGGUCACAUGACGGAUUUUGGGGUGCCGACGACGGCCGCCGAGUUCAACAGCAACGGUUUGGCCGCCGUCGCCAACAGGACGCAGCAUUGCACGGCCAACUCGAGACACUUUUCCGUUACCAGCUUGCUCAGGCUGGGCACCAAAAGGAGACUUUCCGAUGUGGACUCAAAUGAAGAUAUUUCAAACGAUGAAAAACACAAAAAGCCUCGCCGAAACAGGACAACAUUUACAACCGCUCAGCUGGCAGCUUUAGAAAAAGUUUUUGAAAAAACUCACUACCCUGAUGCAUUUGUAAGGGAAGACUUGGCAACAAAAGUUAGCCUUAGUGAAGCCAGAGUACAAGUUUGGUUCCAAAACAGGCGCGCAAAAUUCCGAAGAAACGAACGCAGCGUCACUCUCCAACAAAUCCCACCAAAAAUUCAAUGUAAAAGUCCUACAAAUCCGAUGAACCUAAAGUCAGAUUGUAUAGAAAAACCUUUAUUUUCGUACCAAACAACAUUACCACCACAUAGUACCGCUGAUAUGCAGUACAUGAUGCCUUGGAAGUGCUCCUAUACGCAGUAUAAUCACCACGAUUUGUAUGCCAAUAGUUUUGGUAAUGGCAUUGGUGGACAACCCAAUACUUUUUUGUCGUCGCCAACUUUUAAUUAUUGUUCGACCAAUUUGCCGCCUAGAUUGGAUAUGUCGUCGCUUAGGUAUCGCUCUCAGGAUUUUAGUUUAUAGUCAAUUUAGUAAUUUAAUUUAAAUAUUAAUUAUAGGUAAUAAAUUGUUUAAAGUUCUUUUGAGUGUUUA